AUGCCAUUGUUGGCAGUCCCCUACUUCUGUGUCCGGCCAGAGGUGGAGGAGGGCGGAGGGCCGGUCCUUCCAAAUCUGAGUGCACGGACAGAAGGCGGGGGUGGGGGUGUCCCCCAGUGGCAGGGCGUUGGGCCGCCCGGCGAGGGGCGCGCGCGCGUUCCCGGGUUUCUGGGUGGGCCCCCGCGGCUGUCGUCUCGGGUCCGGCCGGAGGAGGGAGGCGCCAUGGAGCCCCGGGGCAGAGGAUCACCUUCUGGGCACUCAAACCUUUCUGGGGCUGGAAAUCCCAAGGAAAAUGGCAUACCCCCUGUAGUGCUGCCCCCUGGUUCCCAGGAUGCACUGGUCAGGGGCAUGGCGGAGACUCUGACCCAGUGGGGGCAGCUGGAUCAGCCUCAGGGCGAUGAGCCAGAGAAGCACCGGAAUCUGGUCUUGCUGGGGCUUCCAAUUUCCACGCCUGAUGUAAUCUCUCAGCUGGAGCGUGGGGAGGAGCUGGGGGCGAAAGGAGCCGGUUCAGCCUGGGCGAGAACACCAGAAAGCAAGAUGCUAAAUCUGGAGGACCUUGCCAAGGAGGAGUCAGCCCCUGGGGUGCUGCUGGAAAGACUUCCAGAGGGAAGUCCCAGGGGAGGGGAGGCUCCUCUAGAGGGUCAGCAGCAAAACCGCGAGAAACAUUUGAUGCAGGAAGUUGUCACUCAGAAGCAACCUGGGGAGAGAAGUCACCAACGCGAUGACUGUAAAAGGAAUUGUAGUCGGAGGUCAUUACUGGGUCAGCAACAAGGAGAGAGCCUACGGGAUUGUGAUUCUUUUAAACGGAAAUUGAAACAGAAUUCAGACGUAAGCAGGCAUGAGCGGACGUACGCGGGAAAGAAACCUUGGAAGUGUAAUGAGUGUGAAAAGGCCUUCAGCUACUACUCAGCUUUUGUCUUGCAUCAGAGAAUACACACGGGAGAGAAACCCUACGAAUGCAAGGAAUGUGGCAAAGCCUUUAGCCAGAGCAUACACCUUACCCUGCACCAGAGAAUUCAUACUGGGGAGAAACCCUACGAAUGUCAUGACUGUGGGAAGGCCUUCAGUCACCGCUCGGCCCUUAUUCGCCAUCACAUAAUCCACACUGGAGAGAAACCCUAUGAGUGCAACGAGUGUGGGAAGGCCUUUAACCAGAGCUCAUACCUUACUCAACACCAGCGAAUUCACACUGGAGAGAAACCUUAUGAGUGCCGCGAGUGUGGGAAGGCGUUCAGCCAGAGCACAUUCCUCACCCAGCAUCAGGUCAUCCACACUGGAGAGAAACCUUACAAGUGCAAUGAAUGCGGCAAAGCCUUUAGUGACCGCUCGGGCCUCAUUCAGCACCAGAGAACGCAUACUGGAGAGAGGCCGUACGAGUGCCUCGAGUGUGGGAAGGCCUUUGGCUACUGCUCCGCCCUGACUCAGCACCAGAGGACUCACACUGGGGAGAAGCCCUACAAGUGCAGCGAUUGUGCCAAAGCCUUUAGUGACCGCUCAGCCCUGAUUCGUCAUCAGAGGACACACACUGGAGAGAAGCCUUACAAGUGUAAGGACUGUGGAAAAGCCUUCAGCCAGAGCUCAUCUCUUACGAAACACCAGAAAACUCACACUGGAGAACGACCGUACAAGUGUAAGGAGUGCGGGAAAGCCUUCAGCCAGAGUUCAUCCCUUUCUCAACAUCAGAAAACUCACCCUGGAGGGAAAGCCAAGCAGUACGGACAAGUCUGUAGUGAGCAUUCAGCCUUCGGCCAACAAAAGAGAAUUCAUACUGGAUAAACACGGUGCACUCAGAGUGUGUUUACUGAGUACCAUAUUGAGGAGGCUACAGAGAAAUUGAAGGCUUCGAUACAAAAGAAGUGCUGGGAAGUCGUUGUUGAUGUGGAGCAUAAUGUACUUAGGCUGUGAAAGGGGGGAGGGCUGCAUUUUAAAAAUGUACUAAUGUAGGACAGUGAUUUCCCCGGGGAGAUUCUUGUACCCUAAUGUGUAUGUAAGCUAGCAGAUCCUCGAGAGUGAAGUAAGAGUUUGCCAUGGUGGAAGCUGACAUGUCUUGGCUGGGCUGGAUAGCACAAUGCUAAGGGGUUAAAGUUUUAAAGAGAAGAGUGGGCCUUUUAGGGAAAUGGCAAGGGAAGAAAUAAGGAAUUAGGAGUUCACAGUGAGCUGUCCAGGGUUGGACUUGGUCGAGGAAGGCAAGUUGUCCUUUAGUUGUAAGUACACGAGUGCGUAAGAGGUAGAUGGGACGGAUAGAAAAAAGGGUCGGUUGACUGUGACAGCUACUCGACUGAACAUUCACAGAAGGUACAGACUUGCCAGUGGGGCAGCUGCCAGGUUCCCAUGAGGGCGGCUUCCCCUGAAGCUGACGAACGUCGGCCCGCAGGGCUGCCUGGAACCGUGUGUCUUUCCAACCUAGCUUAUUAGACACCGCCUACCCAGAGUCGCAUUAAUUUUGAAGAUCAAGAGCUAUAGCUUAGAAGAGGGAGAGGACACGAGAGACCUUUGAUGAGUUCAGUCUGUUUUAAGCUAUUAAUGUUACCUGGAAAUGUGCUUAUUUAUAAAGGUUUACCUCAGUUUUGUGUAUUUUGUACCUUAGGUUUUUUUUUCAUUCCAUAGUAAAAUUGAGCUGUAGACUUGCACUGACAUUAUGUAUUAGAUUGUAAAAAACUUGAAAAGAUUUUUAAAUACUUGCCUUCUACCAUUUUACUCUUGGGGAGAGGCAGCUAACAUCAUCUCUUUUUCGUUGAAAUUUUGAAGGUUAUUACUAGAGAAUUUUUUCAUGCAAUAUUUUUUAAUUUUUAGUAGUCUCACUGUGACGUGUCUUUGUGUUGAUUUCUUUUGGUUUAUUUGAAGAUUGCUGAGUUUCUUCCAUCUAUAGAUUUUUGUCUUUUGCCAAAUUUGGGGAAUUUUCAACUGUCAUGCCUGCAAACACAUUUUUAUCCUACCCCACCCCUUCUUCCCUCAUUCUGAGACUUUGAUAACAGAAAUGCUAGGUCUUUGGUUAUAAUCACAAAAGUUCCUGUGGCUCUGUUAACUUUUUUUUUGAAAGAUUUUAUUUAUUUAUUUGCAAGGUAGAGCUACAGACAGAGAGAAGGGUCUUCCAUCAGUCAGUUCACUCUCCAAAUGACUGCAAUGGCCAGAACUGGGCCAAUCAGAAGCCAGGAGCCAGGAGCUACUGGGUCUCCCAUGUGGGUGCAGGGGCCCAAGGACUUGGCCAUCUUCUGCUGCUUUCCCAGGCACAUUAGCAGGGAGCUGGAUCAAAAGUGGAGCAGCCGGGACUUGAACUGGCGGCCGUAUGGGAUGAUGCUGGUGCCACAGACAGAGGCUAAGCCCACUAUACGCAGCGCCAGCCCCUCUGUUAACUUUUUUUCAGUCUAUAUUGUCUUAGUCUGCUUGAUCUGCUCUAACAGAUAACCGUAGGUUGGUUGGCUCAGAGAAUUGUUACUUCUCACGCCUCUGGAGGCUGGGAAGUCCAAGGGCUCAGUUUCUGGCUAGGAGUUUCUUCCUGGCUUGCAGAUUUCUGCCUUCACACUGUGUCCUCAGGUGGGCUUUUCCCAGUGCGUGCACAAGGUGAGAGGCUGUCUCCCUCUUGUGAGGCCGCCAGUCCUAUUGGCCUCAUUGAACCUUAAGCACCUCCUAAAAACCCUGUUUCCAAAUGGAGUCACCCACCUGAAAUUCAGGAAGACAGUAGCUCAGUCUGUAACAUUCCACCCCAGCCCCUCUCCCUGCCCCCAGAUUGGCAUGCUUUCAUGCAAAACUCAUUACUUGUACCCCAAUAGUCGCCGAAGUCUUAACCUCAUCCCCACACAUCAAUUUUGAAGUCUAAAGUUUACAAUUUCACCUAAGAACCAUCUAGAUCAUAUGGAUGAGAAUACGGUUCAUCCUGAGGCAAGGUUCAUCUCCAGGUGGAAACCUGUGAAAUCUGACAACUUCCUUCCUUCCAAAAUACAAUCGUUUUACAGGCAUGGGGUAAACAUUCCUGUUCUGAAGAGGGAAAAAUAGGAAGGAGAAAGGGCGAUGGGUUCCUAGGAAGCGCCGGAUCUGGCAGAUUCCAGGAGACCUUAAGACUUCAGAGUGACCCUCUCCAGACUGUGCUCCGCCUUCUGGACCCACUGGAGUAGCAUUCCCGUCUUCCCCUGUAAGGCCUGGGGGGUCAUCUGGCCUCUUAGAGCCAAGGCGAUGACUCCAUUUCUUGAAACAAGUGGUAACCCUGCUGAUCUCUGAAUUGCCUUUAGGGACAUUCUUCCCUGUUCUUGAAGAAUUGUACUCACAGCCAAAAGCUCUAGUACCUGGUCUGGUAGGAUCUGAAAGGUGUGAUGGUCCUCCUUCAUUUUGCCUCUGUUUUCCUGUGCCCCUGAGUCCCGGCUGGCACUGUUUCUGCUGUCUAAUCCCAUGCUUACCACUGCAUUUUUAAAAGGUUUGUUUAUUUAUUUGAAAGAGUUACAGAAAGGGGGAGAGGGAGAGGGAGAGAGAGAGAGAGAUCUGCCAUCUGCUGGUUCAAUCCUCAAAUGGCCACAAUGGCUGGAGCUGGGCUGGGCCAAGGUCAGGAGGCCAGAGCUGCUUCUAGGUUUCCCACGUGGGUACAGGGAUCUAAGCACUUGGGCCAUCUUUCACUGCUUUCCCACGGGCAUUAGCCGGGAGCUGGAUCAGAAGUGGAGCAUCUAGGACUUCAAUUGGUGCCCAUAUGGGAUGCUCACUUCCCAGGCAGAGGCUUAACCUGCUACACCACAAUGCCGGCCUCCAAAAUGCAUUAUUUAAUUCAUCUCUAGCUGCUAAGCAGUAAGGAGGACCCAAGCCACACCUUCAGUGCUUUCCUUAGAUACCUUCUGCUAAAUAAUCUAUCACUCCCAAGUGCCACUUGUCACAAAACACUAGAAUACAGUUCAGACAACUUCUUUGCUACUUUGUAACAAAAAAAGCUCUUUCCUUUAGUCCCAAUAACGUAUUCUUUAUUGCCACCUGAGAGCCAGAAUGACCUUUUUUUUUUAACUUCCAUAUUCUAGCAUGCCCCUCAAAACUCACCCAUUACUCAGUCCAAAGCUGCUCCCACAUUUCCGGUAUUUGUCACAGCAGCGUGCCACUUCACGGUACCAACAUCUGAGUGUGUUCAGGCUGCAUAAUAAAACACCAGCGACAGGCGCCUCUAAAACUGGAGGCUUAUUUCUGGAAGUUCUAAGGGCUGGCCUUCCAAAGUUGGGCUUGAGCAGGGUCCAGCUCUGGUGAGGGCUCUUUUCCUUGCUUGUAGAUGGUUGCCGUUACACGGUGUCCGCACGUGAGCUUCUCACAGUACCCGUCCGUGUGUGGAGAGGGAGAGCGUGAGUUCCUUCUUAUCCAGCCCCGAUCUUGUUAGAUUAGCACCUCACCUUAUGACCUCUUUUAACCUUAAUUACCUCCUAAAAGCCUAUUUCCAAAUAUAGUAACAAUGGGAGUAAGGAUCUCAACAAUGAAUGUUAGGGGUACCUAAUCCAGUCCAUAGUCAUUUUCUCUGUUGAGAUUAUUUUUAGUUCUAUCUUCAAGUUUACUGUUUCUUCUCUGUGUCACUUCCCUUCUGCUGCUGAGCCCAUCAUUGAGUUUUAUUUAAGUUGCUGGGUUUUCGUGGUUUUUUUUUUUUUUUGGUUCUAUUGUAUUCCUUGUUCUAUCUCUGUUGAGACUUUCUGUUCUUGUAUUUGUGUCAAAUGUAUUUGCAAUUACUCCUUGAGGCAUUUUUAUGAUGGCUGCUGUCACAUCUGUGUCAGCUCGGCGUUGCUCUGUGCGGAUUAUCUUCUCAGUCCAGUUGAGAUUCUCUUGGGUCUUGAAUGACUUAGUGCUGACAUCUGGGCGCUGUGAGCAUUACGAUCUGAGACUCAGGAUCCUGUUUCAGUCUGUCUUGGCAGGCCUCCCGUGACAGUGUCCUGGUGGAGAGUUAACAGGACAUUGCUUUGUUACUGCAGUUCAUCAUUGGGGUUCCUCACUGAUAGGGAGCCUCGAUACUGCUGGUCAACUAGGCCUUCACUCAUACACCCCGGUUGGGAGAGUCAGGACUCUGUCUUUCUGCUCCCCACAUGGCUCCCACUGGUGCCAUGGGCUGGGGCAGGGGUGCACCUCCUGAUGUUCACUCUCCUCCUCUGACACCAGACCAGUUAGGAGGGGAAAUGUCUUGUCUCUGGGUAGAGCUGGAGGCCUAGUCUCCCCCACUGACUGUGGCCUCCACUGCUUCUGCCACGGGGAGGUCAGGGCAAGGAUGGCUUCUAAAAAGCUGCCCACUAACUUGGCCUUCUCUGACAGCACCUUGGGGUGAGGGUGGAGGCUGGUGGAGCCUCAUUACAGCCUAGUGAGGGUGCAGAUACAGGCUCCCCACUCAGCCCCUGGGAAUGGGGCUGCAGAUUUUUGCCUCUUGGGAUCUUUGGUUGAAGAGGGCAGUUGUCUAAGUCUACUGUCUUGCUAGGUGGCUCCCUUCAAAGUCCUUUGGCUAGAAGGAACAGAUUUUUUAGAUUUUUCUUGUGCCUUUUGUUUGUUUAUUUGUUUGGGGUCUAUACCUGUUGGCGUUUCUGGGUUGCCAGUUUUUCCAGAACCUGGUCUGGGAAAGAUGAGGCAAAAAGAGAACCCAAGAAACUGCUCUGAUGUUCCUCAGGUUGGUAGGUCCCUAACUGGUCCGCUCUUUCUCUACCUUUUGAAAUCUUGGUUUGCUUGUUUUACAUAUAAGACCUAGGAUUUUUUAGCUGUACUUAGCAAGAAGGAUAAGGGAAAGUAUUUUUCCCAUAACAGCCUUUUAUUUGACACUGAGAAAGCACACUGAGUUGUACUGAGAACAACCCAAAUUGUUAUGGCGUAGGUAGAUCAUUUGUAACCAGUUAGAAAUAAGUACCAAAGGGAACGGUCACUGGUUCCCCAAAGACAAGCUGCCAAGUUGAUAAGUAGAAGCCACCAGGCUGCUUCAUUUAGCUUUGACAGAGCUACAGUUGUUAAGUUGGGAAAAUGCCACUGUUCAGUUGCAGAUUACAAACUUGAGAAGGAAAGAUUGACAUGACAAAGACUAUAAAGCCACAGCGUUAGCAUUUUUUGUUUGUAUCUUUGUGCCAAGAGUAUGUGAGAGUGAAUUGGAUUUAUGCUUUUUGGAUUUUUUCUAAUUAUGUAUUAUCUGUAUGUGGCUAACUGUUCAUUUUAAUUUGAUACGUAGCAUAUGAAAUCAGAAAGAACCAACAAAAUCCAGGAUGACGAUAUUUGGGAUUUGGAAGAAAUCACUUAGUCCUUUGAAAUCUGUUUCCUUAUACUUGAGAGAGGUUAGAAUUAGGUAGACAACGGAUGCAGAGGUGACUUGUAAGCUGUCAACUGCAUAGAACUAUUAGGUAUCACUGAUAUAGUCGUAUAUAUGACGUGUCCAUCAUGUAUACCCUCUGAUGGAAUAGCCCAAUAAAAAUCAACUGAAUACAA